CUGUCCGUAUUUUACAGAAUCCAUAAUAAAAUAUCCCACUCAAUCAAUCAACCUUAUAAAAGCCCCCUCUCCUCAUCAAUUUUUUCUUUGCUUCUCUCGAGCAAAGUAAAAUAGCUAACAGUAUGAGUGAACGACUACAGCAAGACUACCUCGUUUCGGAGGAGAUCGGCCGGGGAAGAUUCGGUACCGUUUACCGAUGCUCGUCGGCGGACUCCGGCAAGUCCUACGCCGUUAAAUCCAUCGACAAGGUAGCCAUAAGUGCCGGCGGAGACUCCCUGGACUCCCGAUGCCUCUUUACCGAGGCCAAGAUCGUUCAGCUGCUCUCCCCUCACCCUCACAUCGUCACUCUUCACAGCCUCUACGAAGACGAAACGCACCUCCACAUGGUUCUCGACCUCUGUUACGAACCCACGUUUCAUCACCAGGUCAUGCCGGAACGCGAAGCUGCUUCAGUGAUGUGGCAGCUCAUGAAAGGCGUGGCCCACUGCCACCGUCUCGGCGUGACCCACCGAGACAUAAAGCCCGACAACAUUCUUUUCGACGAGGAGAAUCGGCUGAAGCUAGCCGAUUUCGGCUCGGCCGAGACUUUCAAAGAGGGCGAGUCCAUGAGCGGGGUGGUGGGGACACCGCAUUACGUGGCGCCGGAGGUCCUCGCCGGAAGGGAUUAUAACGAGAAAGUUGACGUGUGGAGUUGUGGCGUGGUUUUGUAUCAAAUGUUGGCGGGGUUUUUGCCUUUUGGAGGUGAUUCCCCUGUGGAGAUUUUUGAGGCUGUUCUGCGCUCCAGUUUGAGAUUCCCAACCCGGGUUUUCUCUUCUGUUUCACCUGCCGCCAAAGAUCUCCUUCGUAGAAUGUUGUGCAGAGAAGUUUCUAGAAGGUUCUCUGCUGAACAAGUUCUGAGACACGGGUGGUUUAGCAUUAUUGAACAGAGUAACUGAUCUUUGGCUCUGUACAUGUGUGGACUGUGUCUCAUGACUUUUAGAAGAGCUGAGAUAGAUUUUUUGUAUUCUCUCUUUGCUCCAUUUUCCUUUUAAUGUAUGUUAUGAAACAAGUUGCCUAAUUUGGCCAAGUGAAAAGACAUUGAUAUGUACCUAUAUAACUUGUAUAUUUCCCUUUCAUCAAUCAAAAGAGUGUAUCAUUCAAUAUUUCAUAUUGUUGAA